AUGGCCGCACGAAGCGCUGCUCUCAAGCUCGACUGGACCAAGGUCACCAGCUCGCUGGGCCUCCGCGGCCAGACCGUCGCCUCCCUCCAGGCCUUCAAGAAGCGCAACGAGGAUGCCCGCCGCAAGAUCCAGCUGCUCUCCGAGCAGCCCACCACCGUCGACUUCGCCGCCUACCGCUCCUCGCUCAAGAACCAGGCCAUCGUCGACGAGAUCGAGAAGCGCUUCGGCGAGUUCAAGCCGUCCACCUACGACGUGAGCCGCCAGCUCAAGGCCAUCGACGCCUUCGAGGUCGAGGCCGUCAAGAACGCCGAGGCCACCAAGCAGGCCGUCGACCUCGAGCUCAAGGACCUCGCCGCCACCCUCAAGAACAUCGAGACCGCCCGGCCGUUCGAGGACCUCACUGUUGAUGACGUCGCCGCCGCCGAGAAGUCGAUUGAUGAGAAGACCAGCGAGCUCGUUUCCAAGGGUCGCUGGAUGGUGCCCGGAUACAAGGAGAAGUUUGGCGACCUCGCCGUUGUCUAA